AAAAACUGUCUCAAAAAUUAAAAAUCAUCCCAAGCUGGCCUCUUAUACUAUACGAUCAAGGUACGAUCAAUUAAAAACCCUUCGCCCCCAUGAGCUUCAUUUCCGUCGUCCCAGCCAAACCUUUCGCCGCCAUAGCUUCGUCUCCGUCGUAAGUUUUACAGAAGCGCCAAACCCUUUUCCAUGAGCUUCGUUUCCGUCGUCCUGCAGCCAAACCCUUCGCCAUGAGCUUCGUCUCCGUCGUCCGCCAACCAAACCCUCCGCGACUGUACAGCUUCCACUACCUCUUGCUGGACGGAUAAUUGGCCCUCGUGCUCGACGGUUAACUGGCCUGUUAUCUCCUUCGACGAAACUAGGUCCUCUGCGGAACCUGGUUUCAAUCCCAUCCAUAAUCUUAUACCAUAGUUAGAGUACAUCGAGUUUGAGGGCAUCAAGUUUGCAUCAGUCAUCCAGAGCCAGAGGCCGAGCUAGCCAGCUAGGGUUUUGUUCAAUUUUCAAAUCUGUUGUUUUGCUCUUUGAUUUCAUUUCUGCUAAGGUAUACUCAAAUUACAUUUUUUGUUCAAUAUACACUUAAUUAGUUAUGCUUUAAAGUUUUGACAGCCAGAAGUCCGGACUUGUAAAAUUUCUACUAUGGUUUGCUGGAUAUUUCGAAAUUAUAUAUCUAAAAUAUAGAUGGUGUUUCUAAGGUAGACAUGAUUCUUAUUGACAAGAAAAAUCGUGGGCUAAAUAAUGGAGGACUUUCCAUUUUGACCUCGGCAAUUACUGAUCAAGAACAGAAUGACAUAGUUCUGAAUUUCAAGAAUGGGCUAAUGACAUCUGGAAAAGCAGUUAAACUAAAAAAAUUAGCCCUCAUGACAGUUUCUGAAGAAGAUACCUCUAGAGUUUAUGAUGGUUGUCCAUCGAAAUUCUUGAUCUCUUGUUUGAAUAAGAUUGAAAAUGAUCUGAAUCAUAAUGGAGCCUUCGUUGAUGAAAAGUUGCAAUUGCCAGCAAGGAUUGCCGUUUCUUAUUCAAAGCAUGCUAAACAGUAUAUUAUUGAUGACCGGAUUAAUAAGAUAAAGGCUCUGACGGAUUCCCUCUAGCACUUCAGUGAUUUGGACGUUUUAAUGUUCCAGCUAAACGUAUGUCAUGAUAUUGAUCAGCCUGUCUUGCCCUUGCAACCCCGCCUAUUGCUUCUUCAUAAUUAUAUCCUUUUAAUUGCUUUUCUGUUUGCUCAAUGGUUUCACUGCUCUUUGAAGUAUGUUUUCAGCAACUUGUUUACCUCGAUAGGCAUAUUUGAUCAGGUAGAUUAGUAGGUGUUCGUUCCCUGUGUGUUAAAAAGUUCAAGUGUUUUUAAAGUAGUAAAAAUGUUAGAUUCAUUCAUUUGAAUCAGUACUAAUAUUCCUAUCUAUGAAUUCCCACAGGUAAUCAGAAUAAGUUUUGUUUUUCUUUUUCAGGUUUUGCCGUUUUUAUGAGUAUUGUGAUGUUGAAUAAGGUUGUCAAAGUCGAGCGCCUGAGCGCUUAAGCGCACCAGGCGCAGUGCAAUAGAGGUCCAGUGCUCUAAAGAUGACCAGGUGCACCCUCCUCUCUCAGGCACAGCUUAGGCGCACCAGGCGCAGAAGCGCAGCAGUGAUUUUAAACGCUCGCUUAUCGCGUCUGACAGGGGAAAGUCUAUUUUACGUUUUACUGAGACAGUUUCUCACAUGUGCGGUCAAUUAAGACCAUUAAGAAGCCCAUAUUUUUAAUAAAGCCCAUGUAAAUAAGGUUAAAUAAGGUUAAUAAAGACCAUUAAGAAGCCCAUAUUUUUAACCUACGCUAAACACAUAACGUAAACAUCCUGCUCUGCUGUACUGUUACAUGUUCGCAAACUCCUCAUGUACCUCAACAUCAACCGCAAAGCUUGCAGCAGUGCAGCACUCAAAGAUCAAAAUAACUGCUUACUUGAAUAUUUCUUCUCCUAGCUACCAUGAAGUAAACUGUCCAUGUAUAUAAGUAAACUAACUGCUUACUUGUAUACUUCUUCUCCUAGCUACCUUGUAAACUAUCCAUGUAAACUACUAGUACAUUUUUUCACCAUUUUCUCAAACAUAUAAUUCUUGUACUCUGUAGAACUCUUGUUUGUAUGUUUCAGGUAGUCAUUUCUAUAGUCUAAACAACUUAAACAUAUAUGUAAACUAGUUGUAUACUUAUAUUUUUACCAUGUAUAUGUUUCAGCUACUUGUAUUUUUUUAUCAUGUAUAUGUAAUAUGUUUCAGUUACUGUAUUUUUUUACCAUGUAUAGUUGUAUACAUACUACCAGUCCAUAUUAGCAAACUACCAUUUUCUUUACCACAUAUACAUACUAUGAUACAACCAGUCCAUUGUCUUUAUUUUUUUCAGCAUGUAGUUGUUGUUAUAUACUUCGUACUAUUUAGAACUCAUACAUGAAAGUAUACUGUAUAUAUAAUAUUUGACUUGUGUAUUUUUUUACAGGACAUGGAAGUUGGAACUUCAGCCACGAGUUCCGAAGCUGCUAAAUCAACAAAAAUAUUGGUUAAUCGUAGUGCUGAAAAAUGAAAAAAGAACCCAUAAAAUAUGCUAGUAGGCAGUCCACAAUUUGUAGUACACGUACUAGUGGAGUAGUAGUAGGCUUGUGGAUGAGGGAAGUGAUGGAGAAAUUGAAGAGGAUGUAGGAGGAUAUAAAUUAGAAAAUGGAGAAGAAACAGACUCAUCUUUUCAUGACAAAUAGUCCUGCAGAAAAUGGGGAAUUGGGCUAGAAAACUAAAAUCUAAUUAUGUUUUAUUUUUUAGUUUUAAUGUUUAAGACUUUAAGUGAAUCAUGAGCCAUGACUUUAUUUAGGUUAAUCGUGACUUUAUUUUGUUUAAUCAUGAGUUUAUUUGUAUGAAACAUGACUUUUUAAUGUAGUUGGUUCAAUAUGUUGUUAUAUAGAUCAUGUUUGAUUGUUGGAGAGUAGUAUGUGUUAUUUUUUCUAAGCAGUGGACUUGACAUGAGUCAGGCGAGCACUUUUUUGCACUAUAUUUUUGGGCUAAUAUAUGAAAGCACCGGCCCGUACCAAAGUCUCCAAGUAAACUUGCUCAUUGCUGUCAUCCUAAUGAUAUCAAGUUUAUUUUAUUGAUUAUGACCUGAUUAUUGGGCAGGGAUAUAAAGAGCUUUGAUGUUUCAGACCUUAAGAACUUUGAAAUGAAAUUCAAUACACCUUGUUUAUGGCACAAAUGCUCAAUCGCAUUCCUUAGAGGUAUUUUCACUUACUUUUUGAUAAUAUUCGCUACUUGUUAUGUGCAACUUAGCUUGUUGUCAGUUCAUUACUUAUUCGAUACAUAUUGUGGUUUCCAGUGUAUUAACAUUUGCCUUAUGUUAUGAAUUGAAAUAUGUUGUCAGUUCAUUACUAUGAUGAGCUUAGGAAACUGUUGUGUGUAUGAACUAGUUUAAAUUGGUAACUAGUUUCAAACUUUCAUGGGCUGAUGUACAUAUAGCUAGGUUUAGUUUAUAGUUUUAGUUAGUUGGGUAGGGCUGAUUAUGUCCAAAUAUAAUAUGUCGGAAUCUUUUAAGUUCAGUUCAUUUAGAUUAGAAAUGUGAUUAGUCAUGACAUAUUUGUCUUUGAAUUGCAUUUUGCUCUGUAUUUUAAUGUCUUUUUUGUUCUAUCUUACACAUAGUAAUUUUGGUGGGACUGUUCUUCUCUAGCAUUUGGAAUUGCAAUUGGGAGGUUGAGGUUAUGUCUUGGGACUGUUUUUUUCUAAGGAUCAAUUGCAGGUAUGGUAAUGUAGGUUGGUGUCGGAGAUGGGUUAGCAUUUUGUGAUUUCUGAAGGGUUAUUUGAUAUCUUCUCCUGCACGUCCUCCUGUUUCCGCACUCACACAGCUAGUUACUAUAACUCGGUCUUGAAUUGGCAGCACUCUGGGUGCCAGAUUUGCUUUUUUCAGAGUUCAAGUUUGGAGAAGAUUGUCUUUGAUCAUCUGUGAGAUUGGCGGGUGGUCUCUUGUGUUAGAAGUAUGAUAUUGAAUAUUGAUUUUUUUGAACUUUAAAUUGUAAUCGCAAGUAGUCUUCUGCGUAGUAUGUAUUGAGCUGUUGCACUUUGUGUAAUCUGUAAAUUUUGGAUGUAUGGUACUAAUUUUCAAUUUUUGGAAGCAUGUAAAUUAUAGUGCAUGUAUAUUUUUUUUUCUAAAAAGUUACU